CACCACCACCUCUUCGGAGAGAAACAAACCCCAACACUACCAGACCUCUCUCUCUCUCUCUUUCUCUCCCUGAUCACCUUCUCCUCUUCAACUAUGUCGACCUCCAUGACCCUAACCCUCUUCACCCUCCUCUUCCUCUCCUUCACCCUCUCUCACGCCUCCGCCCUCCGCACCGAUGCCGAGGUCCGGGAGCUCUACCAGAACUGGCUCGUCAAGCACCAGAAAGUCUACAACGGCAUCGGAGAGGAGGAGACCAGGUUCCAGAUCUUCAAGGACAACUUGAAGUUCGUCGAUGAACACAACGCUGAGAACAGGUCGUACAAGGUUGGCAUGAACGCCUUCGCCGACUUGACCAACCAGGAGUACCGUGCUAGGUUUCUCGGAACCCGCCCUGACCCUAAGAGGAGGGUCAUGAAGGCCAAGAACCCUAGCCUCAGGUACGUUGUCCUCCCCGACGACAAGUUGCCGGAAUCCGUCGACUGGAGAGCGUUGGGGGCUGUUAAUCCGAUCAAAAACCAAGGCAGCUGCGGAAGUUGCUGGGCAUUUUCAACUGUGGCUGCAGUGGAAGGCAUUAACAAGAUAGCCACAGGAGAACUAGUCUCUCUUUCAGAGCAAGAGCUUGUUGACUGUGACAGGAAGUACAACGCUGGCUGCAACGGAGGCCUUAUGGACUAUGCUUUUGAGUUCAUCAUCAAAAACGGUGGCAUGGACACUGAAUCAGACUACCCUUACAAAGCAGUCAACCAACAGUGUGACGCUUCUUUGGAGAACAACAAGGUUGUUUCCAUUGAUGGUUACGAAGAUGUUCCAGCUUUCAACGAGGAGGCUUUGAAGAAAGCUGUAGCACAUCAACCUGUAAGUGUUGCCAUUGAAGCUGGUGGCGUUGCUCUUCAGCUCUAUGACUCGGGUGUGUUUACCGGUGAAUGUGGAUCAGCACUUGAUCAUGGUGUGGUUGCUGUUGGUUAUGGCACUGAGAAUGGUGUGGACUACUGGCUGGUGAGGAACUCAUGGGGAACCAACUGGGGUGAGGGUGGAUAUUUCAAGAUCGAGCGCAAUGUGAAGAGCACAUAUACUGGCAAGUGUGGUAUUGCCAUGGAGGCUUCUUACCCGACCAAGGAUAGUGCACAGAACCCAAUCCAGAUGGUCACCAGCAUGUGAAAACCAUCAUUUGAAAGAGAGGACUAGGCUGUUGUGAUUCAUUGAGUUACACCAUUGUUUGUAAAUAGAUUUAAAUACCAUGAAACUGCACCACCUGGAAAACUGAUUCUGGUGCAAUUCAAUUUCAAUGCAUAUUUCGAUUGAAAGUUUAGUUUGGAUCAAUCAAAUCAACCAGCGUUUCCUUUUGUAAAUUCACUCGUGUUAUUUCUUUCUGUGAAGUUCAGUUUUAAACUUUUAACUUUU